AUGAAAAUUUUGCUUGUAGUCAUAAAUAUUCAGGGAUAUUGGGUCAGAAGAAUGGCAUCGCCUGGUCAGUCAAGCGGUCAGCCGCUUCCUGCAAAGGAACUUGCAUUGUUUCGCAAAUUAUUGAAACACUAUCAACAGAAACAAUACAAACAUGGAUUGAGGUGCGCUAGGCUCAUUCUUUCUAACCCACAAUUUAGCGAACAUGGAGAAACAUUAGCAAUGAAAGGUUUGAUACUGAACUGUAUGGGAAGAAGAGAAGAGGCACAAGAAAGUGCUAAACGUGGGUUGAAGGCUGAUUUGAAAUCUCAUAUUUGUUGGCACGUUUACGGGUUAGUUCAGAAGAGUGAGAAGAAGUAUGACGAGGCCAUGAAAGCAUGUAAACAAGCUUUAAGGCUAGACAAGAACAAUGUGGAAGUUUUGAGAGACUUAUCUUUGUUACAAAUUCAGGCUAGGGACUUAGAUGGUUAUCGAGACUCUCGUUAUCAUCUCCUGAUGCUUCGACCUCAGCAGCGUAUUGCUUGGAUUGGUUAUGCAACGGCUUAUCAUCUUUUAAAAGACUACGACAUGGCUUUGAAAAUAGUGAACGAGUUUUGCAACAGUAACAAACAUUUGGAGUUUGGUUUUGAACAGAGUGAGUUGAUUCUGUACCAAAAUAUGAUUUUGCGUGAAUCUGGACAGUUAAAAUUAGCCUUAACGAAACUUGAGGAGAAUGCAUCGCAAAUCAUUGAUCAAGUAACAUACUUAGAGACAAGAGCCAAUUUAUUGAUGGAGCUUGGUGAACCGAAAAAGGCGGAAAAAAUAUAUUGGAGGUUGGUGGAGAGGAAUCCUGAAAAUGUAAACUACUUCAAAAGGAUUGAGGAAUGUCGGGGGUUAAGUGAGGACGACAUUGACGAACGAUAUGAAAUCUAUAAAGCGGUAUUAGCCUUGAAACCAAGAUCGGCAGCAGCUGAGAGGGCUCCGCUGUAUUUUUUGAAAGGGAGCGAAUUCGAAAAAUUACUUAUUCCUUAUUUAAUUGCGGGUCUGCGUAAAGGUGUGCCGUCUCUUUUUAAAAAUCUUGUGCCGCUUUAUAACGAUUUUGAAAAGGUACUUCUCUUUCUUAUUAAGACCUCUUACAGAAUUUGCUGCUGUCUUGUCCUUAUCAAUCUUGUACAGUGUUGUUUCACACAAUCACUCAGCUUUUUACAAACUGCGAAAUUUAUUUUGAGAUCUUUUUUUCCAGUUUUUUCAAUUGUGUUUUCAGGCAGUGGUUUGCCGGAGUCACCUACAACUGUUUUAUGGCUGUAUUAUCUGACUGCUCAGCAUUAUGACAAACUUGGAUCGACGGAGAAAGCUCAAUUUUAUAUUAACAAGGCUUUAGAACACACUCCUACCCUAAUAGAACUUUACGCUAUUAAAGCAAAAAUUUGUAAACACGCUGGGGAUCCAAAUGAAGCUGCUAAAAUAAUGGAACAGGCUCAGGCACUAGACACUGCAGAUAGAUACAUCAAUAGCAAGUGUGCAAAAUAUAUGUUACGUGCAAAUAUGAUUUCGGAAGCUGAACAAAUGUGCUCAAAGUUCACUCGGGAAGGAGUGAAUGCCUCGCAGAAUCUAAAUGAAAUGCAGUGUAUGUGGUAUGAGAUAGAAUGUGCACGAGCAUAUGAAAGAAUCGGCAAUUACGGUGAGGCGCUGAAAAAAUGUCAUGAGAUUGAUAGACAUUUCAUAGGCAUGUAUGAAGACCAGUAUGAUUUUCACACUUACUGUGUUCGAAAAAUGACGUUAUGUGCUUAUAUUCAGUUACUUCGUUUGGAAGACGUUCUCCGUAAACACAAAUUUUAUUAUCAGGCCGCUGAAGUUGCAAUUAGAAUCUACUUGCGAAUGUGCGAUCGACCAGAAGACUUCAGUCCAGCGAAGAAAAAUGGAGAAGAUACAUUGAGCGCUGCAGAACUCAAAAAACUGAAGAAGAAGCAGAAGCGAGAAAAAGCGAAAGAAGCCGAAGAGGCAGCUAAACAGAAGCCUCAGAAUCAGAAAAAGGUUGAUGUUGAGCUAGAUGGUUUUGCUCCUGAACCUCUUGACACUGAAAAAUUGCUUAAAGUCAGCGAUCCUUUGGAAGAGGCUAGCAAAUUUGUACAACCUUUGCUUCAACUAAAUAGUACAGAACUGGGCUCUUACUUACUUGGGUUCGAGGUGUAUUACAGAAAAAAGAAGGUAUUUUCUUGCCAUAGUUUGAAUUUUGCACUCUUCAUUACUUAUAUCGCAAGUUACUUGCCUUUUGAAAAUAUUCGGUUCAUCCGUCCUACAGCCAAUACUGGUAUACAGUUGAGCGGCAAUGUUGGUGCACUAGCAAAAGAGUUAACAGAAACUUUGUUCCCAUCUGUGCAGUCCGCUGAGCAGCUGAACAUCGAAUAUAAAAGCAAAUAUCCAAAUUCUUUACCUCAUCGAAUGGCUGUUGCUGAAGUGGAUAUUCUGUUGGAUAGUAAUAACACAAAUAAAGCAAAGAAGUGGCUGUUAGAUUCAUUCAAUGAGGACAAGCUAGAAAAUGUUCAACUUUGUUAUCUAGAGAAACUCUAUCAUGAUAUCUUGUAUGGAAAAUUUGGAGUAUGGAACAAAGAAGAGGUUAGUUAAUU